CUCUCCUUCAUCCCACUUCCUCUCCUCCUCCUACCACUACUAGCACAAUUACUACAUCACUUCCACCACGCCACCCCAAACCCCACAAAUGCCUAUCAACCCAUACACCAUUCACAUCCCAACAAAGUUACAGCCAAAAUGUACCUGUCCACCGUUAUGACCGCUCAAAUCCCUGACGUGAAGCCCACACUGUUCGGCCUGUCGUCUCCUAGAUCCCCAACGAACGGGUAUACCUGUGCGUUCCCAUCAUGGCCGAGUAGGCCGUGCCUCGACCGGCGUAUGCCGUGGGAAGACGACGACGACGACGAAGAAGAAGUAUCGCAUGAGUGCGCUGGGAGGAAGGAUGGAAGAUGCACUUGUCCUACUGCUGUCGCCACCGCAGCGCCAUCAUCGUCGGCGGCAGAAAGAUGGGAUGGAAGAUCAGUUUCCAGCACUUGUGCUUCUUCAACCUCAUCCACCUCAGCACACGCAACGGGGGGGAAGGUAGAAACGCUAAUCACCGGCUUCGAAAAAUUACCCCUCCAACCCCGCUCUCCUAGGGCCCCCUCCAGACCAACGAAGUCGUUGUUGUCGUUGGCGAUUCUACGAAAGGCGGGGGGGGAUAUGUGAUGGAGCCGCAUGGCAUCAUCCCUCAUCAUACCUUACCUAUCACUUUUUUCCUUUUUUACCCCCAUUUUCUUUUCCUAUCCUUUUUCGUCCUGCCCUUUUCCGGGAUUGAGGGGGAGGGGGGAAAUG